AUGCAGCAUCUUCUUCUCUGUGUUCUGGCAACUACCACAGCUGUCCAGGCCUACGGCUUGGGGAGCUCUGGGUGGGAUGUGGCCUAUUUGAAAGCUCUAGAAGCCCUGCAGAAGCUCAACCAGACCGAGAAAGUCGGCAUCGUGACGGGUGUGACCUGGAAAGGUGGUCCCUGUGUCGGCAACACGUACGCUGCCGAGUCUAUUGGAUACCCGUCAUUAUGUCUGCAGGACUCGCCUCUGGGUGUACGAUUUGCAAACCCCGUCACGGCUUUCCCAGCGGGUAUUAACGCCGGUGCAACUUGGGAUCGCAACCUGAUGUACGCCCGCGGUGCCGCGUUGGGUGCGGAGGCCAAGGGACUUGGCGUCAAUGUGCAGCUUGGACCAGUUGCAGGGCCCCUUGGAAAGAAUCCCGGCGGGGGUAGAAACUGGGAGGGGUUCUCUGUUGACCCUUAUCUCAGCGGGGUUGCGAUGGAGGAGACCAUUCAAGGCAUGCAGGACUCGGGCGUCCAAGCAUGCGCCAAACACUGGCUUGGCAAUGAGCAGGAACAUAACCGAGAGACCAUUAGUUCCAAUAUUGAUGAUCGUGCGGCGCAUGAGCUUUACGUGUGGCCGUUCAUGAACGCAGUCAAGGCAAAUGUCGCCUCGGUGAUGUGCUCGUAUAACAAGGUAAAUGAGACUUGGGCCUGCGAGAGCCAUGCCAUCUUGAACAAGCUCAUGAAAAGCGAGCUUGGCUUCCGGGGCUACAUUAUGAGCGAUUGGAAUGCGCAGCAUACUACCGUCAAGAGUGCGUUGGCUGGAUUGGACAUGACCAUGCCCGGAAGCGAUUUCAGCUCCCCACCCGGCAGCAUCUUCUGGGGUCCAAAUCUACAGAAGGCUAUAGACAAUGGCUCAGUUCCUCAGUCUCGCCUCGACGAUAUGGUCACCCGUAUUCUGGCCGCAUGGUAUCUCGUUGAUCAAGACGAGGAGUACCCGGAAGUAUCUUUCAGUUCUUGGAACGGUGGCAAAGCCAGUGUCGACGUGACGGAUGACCAUGCUGCUGUUGUCCGCAGCGUUGCCCGCGACUCGAUUAUCCUUUUGAAGAACGAAGAGGGGGCUUUGCCUCUUCGACGACCCAGAAGCCUGGCCGUCAUCGGCUCGGAUGCCAUCGUCAACCCAGAUGGACCGAAUGCGUGCAGUGAUCGUGGCUGCGAUAAUGGCACGCUAGCGAUGGGAUGGGGUAGCGGCACCGCCCAAUUCCCGUAUCUUAUCGGUCCACUCCAUGCCAUUCUGGCGCAAUCCGAACGGACCGGCACCCAGGUCAUUCCAAGCACCACCGAUGACACUGCUGCAGCUGCUUCGGCGGCGGCGGUAGCCGAGACUGCGGUGGUUUUCAUCAAUUCCGACUCCGGUGAAGGAUUCAUCACAGUGGAAGGCAACAAGGGUGACAGGAACAACCUUGACCCCUGGCACGAUGGCAACAAGCUCGUCCAAGCCGUGGCAGCUGUGAACAAAAACGUCAUCGUAGUCGUGCACAGCGUGGGCCCCGUGAUCUUAGAAACCAUUUUCGCCGAACCAUCAGUCAAGGCUAUCGUGUGGGCCGGAUUACCAGGCCAAGAAAGCGGAAGUGCCCUGACCGACGUACUAUACGGUAAAGUUUCUCCCAGCGGGAAGCGCCCCUACACGAUUGCCAAGCAGCGCAGCGACUACGGCACCGGCUGGGUCAACGCCGAGGUUGACGAUUUCAAAGAGAGCAUCUUUAUUGAUUACCGCCAUUUCGACGAGAACGGUCUCAUGCCUCGCUACGAGUUCGGGUUUGGUCUUUCAUACACUACCUUUGAGUAUAGCGGCAUCUCUAUUUUGGUAUCUGCCAGAGCUGGCCCCUCGACUGGCAAAGUCAUUCCCGGCGGUCCUUCAGAGCUGUUCGAGCGCGUGGGCACUAUCAUAACCCACGUCCUGAAUAGUGGUUCUGUCGCUGGUGCCGAGGUUGCCCAGCUUUAUAUCGGUCUUCCGUACUCUGCUCCAUGGAGCCCGCCAAAGCAGUUGCGCGGAUUCCAGAAGCUGUGGCUUCAGCCAAUGCAGUCAGGCGUGGCUGCCUUUGCGCUUACUCGACGUGAUUUGAGCUACUGGGAUGUGAAGAUGCAAAAAUGGGUCAUACCUGUUGGUACCUUCCGUGUCUAUGUCGGUAGCUCUAGUCGGGAUAUUCGGCAGGAGGGAUCAUUCACUGUUCGAGGGCGGUGGUUUUAA